AUGUCUUCUAUCAGUACCAAGGUUCUUAUACUAUCCGAUACCCAUGCUCAGUCAUUUAAACCGGAUAUGGAACCCCUCGAGCGAGUAGACGUGGCAAUUCAUUGUGGCGAUCUCACAAAUACAUCCAAGCUGGAAGACUACAGAAAGACAAUCCGGCUCCUCGAGCAAAUCAACGCCCCUGUCGAGAUCGUAGUCGCAGGUAACCAUGACUUUACCCUUGAUGAUGCGAAGUACAAGCACAAGAUCGAAGAGUCGUGUAGAGUGAACCAGGAAGAUAUCAGCACAGCCAUCAAAGCUGAGUACGGCGAGUUUGGAGAAGCUAGACAACUAUUAUUGGACGCAAAAGACAAAGGAAUCAUGUUUUUGGAAGAGGGAACACACGAUCUUCAUCUUUCGAAUGGCGCCCGUCUCAAAGUUUACGUCAGUCCGUUUACACCUACGCACGAUUGUCCCGGUUGGGGCUUCCAGUACGAAGGCGCCCAUGACUUUACUAUCGAGAGGAAUACCGACAUCGCUAUAACUCACGGUCCGCCACACGGUAUCAUGGACAUGACUUCCAGAAAGGAGCGCAUCGGAUGUCCACAGCUGUUCGCCGCCAUAGCCAGGGCUCAGCCAAAAGUUCAUUGCUUCGGACAUGUUCAUGAGAGUUGGGGUGCAAGACUAGUCUCCUGGAGACCCAAGAUCUCGGAGCGACCUCAGCAUUUUACCGACAUCGACAAUGACAAGUCAUAUGUUGUUGAGAAUCUUGCGCGCUUGAGGGGGUCUAAGUUUGAGUCUCCUGACGACAAGAAGGAGAGGGAAGAGAAGAUAGCACGUGACAAGUCUCUACGAUACUGUGGGAUUGAUAAAUCACUGCAACCUGGAGAGACCAUGUUUGUCAACGCUGCACUCAUGGGGAAUGGGGAAUUAGAUCAAGUUCCAUGGGUUAUAAACAUUGAUCUAGACAGGUAUUGA